ACUCCGCUCAUAUGUGGUUUAACAUUGGCAAAUGACAGACUUUGUGGCAUCUUUUCGACCAGUUUCAAUCGCGAUUUCUUGGUGAAAACAUCACAAGUGGAAGAAAAAAUGCUAAGAGAUUGAAAUUGAUCGUCAAAUAUGCUCGAGUAACAAUCCUAAUAGUGCGAAACGUCUUCUCAGAGUCGUGAUAUUUCAUUUAAACAAGUCACAAGAGACGAACUUGGAAUAUAUUUAACAAUUUUCCGUAUUUGAGUCUCAAGAGAGAAGAGGUCUCAAGUUUAUCCUCAGUGAAGUGGGUUGUUAUUGCUGUAACUUUGUAUAAGAAAAUGUGAGAUUAAUACUUCAAAGUUAAAGGUUCUUUCAUCAACAAGUUAGCCAGAGAAAACUUUUUCUAUAUCACCGUAAAAGCGAGAUGGAAGAACUCGAUGUGUCUGCGAGAACUCUGUGAAUUUACGUAAAUUACCUUCAUCUUCGACACUAAUGCACUUACUAUUGGCACUGUUGUACACCCCUUGGAAAAUAUACUCCUGAUAAGACGCAUAAAGUGAAAUGGAGAAAGAAAUGAUCAAAUGAGAGUGUAUCAAAGUGGAGAAAAAUCAUCCAAGUGGCAUUUAAUAUUACAUGAAAUCUUACAAUUUUAUGACUAGAGUGAAAAAUCACAUUUCAACGUGAAAAUAUAAUUUAGAAACUUUAAGUUAUAAAAGGUAAAAAUGCGCAUGUGAUGAGGAUGACUGUAAACUUGACAAGCACGUGAAUGGGAACAUUUGUAAAGGGGAAUAGUUGAAAGAUAUGAGGGUAGAGAAAAAAAAGUGUAAAUAAUAAUAAAAAGUGAUUUGUGAAUGGUGGAAAAGUCUGGAAAAGAUAGUGACUUAUGCGUGUGAAGAAAGUGGCAUGAGAAUGUGGGGAAGAAAUUUGAUAUUCUCUCUUUGAGGGGUUUAUUUUAUUUUCUUAUCUUACAAUACACAUUUCUCCGAAGUUACCUGGAGAAAUCAAGAGCACAAUGAUGCACAAAAUUGGGCAACUUUUAAUCAUUGUGAUUGUGAUUGUGUCUUGUUGUGCCUUUCGAGGUGACAACUUGGCCACAGACAAGUUUUCCCACCAAAAUCAUCGAUUACGCAGUGAUAUUUAUCAUGAAAGAAUGCAAAGGAGUACCAUUCAGCAUUAUGCAGAUAAUUCAACUGCACUGUCCACCGAAGACAUGGACCAGUAUUUUGUGGACGCGAUGAAUGCACCUGUUACACAUCAAGUGUACCAAAAUGCCACGUGCAUUGAACAUGAAGAUCCAGAUUGUGUUAUUGAUCACAAUAUCACAUGUGUGGGAGAUCGAACAUACUGCAAUUUAACCUACGAUGAGUACAUGAGCCUCCUGUAUGACUACAUUUAUCCCACAGUUCCCGAAUGGAUUCUCAUCGGUUCCCAUUCCGUCGUCUUUGUUAUGGGGCUGGUGGGAAAUGCUCUUGUGUGCAUUGCUGUCUAUACGAAUCACAGCAUGAGAACUGUAACAAACAUUUUUAUUGUAAAUCUGGCUGUGGCAGAUUUCUUUGUGAUCCUCUUUUGUCUGCCACCGACCGUGGUGUGGGAUGUUACCGAAACAUGGUUCAUGGGCAGGACAAUGUGCAAGAUUGUUCUCUACUUUCAGACUGUAUCAGUAACAGUAUCUGUGUUAACACUCACCUUCAUCUCCAUCGAUCGAUGGUAUGCAAUUUGUUUUCCUCUUCGGUAUGUAUCAACAAAUGAACGAGCCAUCGGAUCAAUCGCCUUUAUCUGGCUUGUGGCACUGAUUUCGGACAUUCCGGAAUUCCUUACAUUGACCACGGAGAAUAAGCUAAAAUUGAGAUUUGGAAGUACCCUCUUCACGCAAUGCGUCGCCCAGUGGGACAAUCAGACGGAGAAGAAUUUCCACAUAGCUCGUUUCAUAAUGCUCUACACUUUACCACUCCUCAUAAUGACAAUUGCCUAUUUCCAAAUUGUGCGUGUUUUAUGGAAAUCCGACACAAUCCCUGGCCAUCGUGAGUCGAGGCAUCAUCAGCAAUACAAUUGUGGAUAUUUAAGAAAUUCAGGAGCUGCUUCGAAUUCAGGGACAAUGGGUCAAUUGAGAAUGAGACGAAAGGCUGCAAAAAUGUUGGUUGCUGUUGUUGCAAUGUUUGCUUGUUGCUACUUUCCCGUCAAUGUUCUCAACGUUUUAAGAUAUACCAUCGAUAUUGGUCAAAGUGAUGUCAUUUCAGUCCUUUCGCUCUUAUCCCAUUGGCUAUGUUACGCCAACAGCGCAGUAAAUCCUGUCAUUUACAAUUUUAUGAGUGGAAAGUUCCGGCGUGAAUUCAAAAAUGCCCUGGAAAAAUGUCGUUGCUGUGGUUCUGGGAGAGGACGUGUGGAGGAUCGGUCGAUGUACCACAGUGCUCAUACACCCGGAACACGACUGAAUAAUGUAAGUCCCAGCUCUAGAAGUAAUUACCAAUUGGCCAGUGUGCGCGAUAUUACGCGUCAGCAGACCAUUCAGACGUCAUUCAUUGAGAAUGGUCACAAUAACCACCAUCAGAUGCUCCUGGCCACGGACGAGAAGACACCCAGGCGACCAUCGCGUCCCUGACGGGAGCGCCUGAAGCUACGUGUCUCAUGGGUGGCUAAUGGUCGUCUCGUCAGUGUCAAUGAAUCGUCGCCUCUGGGCUGAGCAUCUUAAGGCAACAGUCCCCAAAAAAGCUCUUUCAACACUCCUCCAAAAAGCCACAAACUUAUCCUUCCACGUGCUCAUAGACAAAUCUGAAAUGGUAAUAUGGAGGCGUGUUUGGAGUAAAUCAUCUGUGAGUAACACAAUUUAUGGGAACAUUGGUAGAUUCUUAUUCAGACAAUUCUUUAUAUUGCGCACUAAAAGUUUGCGAAUUGCAGAUGAGAAAAUUAUACUACAUUUUUAUUGAUGAUUCUUCUACAUUUUCUCAUUUUUUUUUUAUCUAAUUUUAUUAGAACUCAUUUUGAGUUAUUAUUUGGCAGAGUAAGUAAAAAGUUAGAUGGAGGUUGGGAUGUAUUUGGCCAAGGGGUUAUAUGGAAUUGUGAGGUUAUGUUGAUUCUAACCUAAAAAAAUCGAUUAACGGUCAUUGGUGACUUUAGGGUUAUGUUGAAUUUGGGCUAAUAAAAAGUAUGGUCUACACAUUUUUGAGGCAGAAAUAGUUCCUGAUAUUCCGUCAGGAUUUCUGCUUAGAUAACUUUCUAAACAUCGAACAGAAAUUCUGUCACAAUUCUUUGUGUAAAGUGAGGUUAUGAGAAACACAAAUUACGGGACUUUAAAGCAAACAAUGCGAUUUGUUGAGCUUUUUAUUUUAUAAUUUUCUAUGCCUUAGGACUUUAGGCACUUUAGGAAACCUCACACAUAACCUCAAUUUUUCUCAAAUUUUUCUCAAUUUUUUUUUAUAAAGUAGAUAGAUUAAACUGAGAUGGGUCUAGACAGCUCUUAACCUUCACGAUUCAUUUAAUUUCUAACUAAAGUACCUCGGCGUCAUAACUGUAGAUCCCCUGUUUAAUGUAUCUUUCUUAUGACGGCUUCCAAAAUUUUGAGGUUAGAAUAUCAAUGUGAGGUUAUAGUAAACAUAACCUUCAAAAAACUAUGAGUAACUUGGAUUAAAAGAAGAUUCUUCGUAAUUAUUUUUAAAAAUUUAUUUAUUUGAGAGACAAAGGAAUAUCGUCGGUUGCGGCUAACUCUGUCGUAUCUACAUUUCUUGUGUGUCAGCAUUUCACGCAAGCGGGGACGUCUGUAUUGUAGUUGCUCCGAUUGCAGAUACAAAACAAAUGCAGAUACGACAGAGGUAGCCGCAACCGACGAAAUACAUCCUCUUUUUUAAGUCAUCCUUUUUCUUUCAAAAAGUAUCUCGUUCUAACCUUAAUAUAUUUAUGUAGUUAUUUUAGUAGUAAUUUUGUAUUUUCGAAGUAUUUCAUUUGACAAUAAUUACUGUUUUUCUUGGGUUUACAAUCAUUAUUGAAUUUGAAUUUAGACUUUUUUUAAUGAAGUUGUCUUGUCUCUAGUAUUUCCGCGCUACCUAUAACUUAAUUUUACCAUUUUUAACUACUUUCUGCGAUAAAAUAAAAUAAAAAAGACACUGAACUGCGACAACUGAAUGUACCCCAUCGCAGGCCAAUAUUUUUCUUAUUUACUAUUAUUUUCUUGUGAUUUUGUAAAUUUUCAGUCAAACAAAAUUUAAUACUAACCUCAAAUUCUUUCUUGAAUGAAUGUAACAUCGCGUUUUUGGAGGUUAUACUACAUGUAAAACUGUUGAUAAUGUAUUUUAUAAUACAUAGAAUUGUUUGAAGAAAUCAAAAAAUGUUUCUCAAGAACUUGACAAAAGAUCGUGCUAUUAAUCUUGAAAAUUUCAAGCUUUAAAGGUCCAUCAGCUAAUUUUUUUGAGGUUAGGUAAUGGAUAACCUCAAAUUCCAAAAUUAUUUAAAUAAAACAUGUUUUGGAAUGUAUUUUUCGCCUCUUUUGUUAUUUAAACGUUAUUCCGCCUAACCUGAUGGGUUAUAUUGGAAUUCCUAAGCUUCGUAAGAUACCAACAUAACCUCACAUUCGACUAUAAACAUUUUAAUAAAUUAGAAAACUCCAUCCCUGCAGUAAGCGCACAAAUUUUCUUUUUCGUUUUAGAAUUUAAUAUAAAGAUCAAUAAUCUUGAAAAAUUGUAAUUUAAACUUUUUCAGCUGCAAUUAGUGAAUUAUAGAAUUGCGAAUGUUUAUCAAAAAAUUAGUGGAAAAAGAAAAUUUUCAAACAUUCCCAAGGCGACAAAAAUUAAAAAAAAAAGAUUAUUAGUGCUCAGAAAUAUUUUCUAUCUCUCGUGGCAAAUUGCUCACACAUCUCUGUAUAUACGUAAGUAAGACUAAUUGAGACUAAACUUUAGCUAGCAUAAGGUCCUGACUACAGGAAUUAAUCCGAAGAAUUUUUAAGAAUUUUAAAGAAAUUCCAAUGAAUUUACUGAUAGAUUCUCAAGAAUUCUCUAUAAAAGGCACUAAAAAUUAAACAGUUUUUUGCUAAUAGGGGGUUCUAACAAUAUGCAGGCUUUUCAGAAAUGGGAAAAAGAGAAGUAUUAUUAGAAUCCCUGGAUAUUUUUUUCUUAUUUGAAAAAAUAAAAAAUAAAAAUUCCUGAAAACAAAUUGGAUCAAUUAAAUUUGGAGCAAAAUUUUAGUGAUUGAAGAGUAUUUUUGUAUAAAAAUUGCAAAGAAAUCUCGUAGUUAUAGGUUAUAAAAAAAUGUAUUACUAAAAUAAUAACUCAAGACACCCUGUAAAUUGUAUGUAUAAUAAAUAAAAUUAAAUUUACAGUAGGGGAUUUUAGAUAUUAGGUAUAGGCAUAAAAGAUAAAUAAAAAAAGCAUUGCUCUCAAUGAUUUUCACCUUUUUAAAGACUUCCAAUUAAAUCAUUGCGACCAAGAAAAAAAACUCUUUCAGUCUCGAACUUUUCACUUUAACCUCCCAUGUAAAGUGUUAAUUUUAAUUCUUGAAAGAGUAGCACUUUAAUGUAAUUGUAAUAAGGAUAUUUGAAUAAAAUUUUAUAUCUGUUGUUCAAAUCACAAAGAUAAGAAAAAAAAAGAAACUUUGUAUUUUUAAUUUGAAGAAGUUGCUCAUAUCAAAAAUUUUAAUUUCUGAAAACUGAUAGAAAGAAAAUAUCUGUAAAAUUCGUGUUGAAAACACAAAGUUGAAAUACUGUGAAGAAUCUCUUAAUAAUAUAUUAUAUAUUCACUCAGAACAGGAUGAGAAAAAAAACUGAAUGAGAAAAUU